AUGAUCGCAGCCUCGCUUGCCACCGUCGCCGAGUCCACUCGCGCCGCCGCCGCCGCCGCCGCCGCCGCCGCCGCCGCCGCGGUUCGCCCAUCUCCGCGGCUGACUCAAGCAGUGCCGCUGGGCGUGGCCACGGCGGUGGCCGUGGCGGCGGCGGCAGCGGCAGCAGCAGUGGCCGCCACCCUAGCGCAGCCUCCCGUCAAGGCUGCUGGCAAGGCGGAGCUGCUCGCGCAGCGCGAGGCUGCGCUCCGUCGCGAGCCAGCCGACCUGCUCGGAGAGCAGCUCUCGCGCAACUGGUCCUUUCUUGGCGAUGAGGCGCAGGGCGCGCUGAGCCGCUCGCUCGUCGUCAUCGUCGGGCUCGGCGCCUCGGGCAGCCAGGCGGCGGCGCUGCUUGGCCGCUGCGGCGUCGGCUGCCUGCGCCUCGUCGACCCGGCAGACGUGACCGCCGACUCGCUCGCGCACCACGCGGUGGCGACGGCAGCAGACGUCGGCCGCGGCCGCGCGGAGGUCUCGCGCGAGGCGCUUCGGGAGACCGUCCCCGCGCUCGCGGCCGAGGUGUGCCGCGCGCGGCUAUGCGCCUCCAACGCGCCAUCUCUGCUGCGCGGCGCCGACCUCGUAUUGCUCUGCAUCCGCGACCCCGCCGCCGCCGCCGCCGGCCUCGCCUAUUGCGACGGCAAAGGCGUGCGGGCCUUUGCGGUGCUUGGCGACGCGGCGGCGGACGGCGUGGCGUCGGCGACGCACCAGUGCCUCACGUACCUGCACGACGUGAGCUUCGCGCCCGACGCGAGGCGUCUCAUCCGCCACCUCCGCACCGAGCUCCGCCGCGGCGGCCGCAGCUCGCCGCCGACGCCGCAGCCGCUGCUCGACCAGCUCGUCGUGACGUCCGUCUCGCCCUCGGUGGCGGCGUGGCCGCGCGCGCCGCCGCCCGCCGCCGCCGCGGGCGGCGCCUCCGCCGCGGUCGCGGCGGCGGGGCUCGGCCAGCUCGCCGCUUCGGCUGCCAUUUGCGCGUUGGCCGGCCUCGAGCUGCAGCCGGCGGCGCCGCUCCUCUCGCGGAGUACACGGGCCGACAUGUGGCGCGCGGUGGCGCGGCGCGAGCGGGAUGUCUUUGGCGCGCGCGGCGGCGACGCCUUCGAUGGCCUCUGGCCCGAGGACGUCGCGUACCUCGUCAACGAGGUCUACGGCCGCCGGUGCGCAAAGACGGCGAGCUCGCUGGGCGGCCGCGCGGCGCUCGUCCUGACGCGGUGGCGUGCCGAUCGGCCGGCGGCGGUGGACAACGCGAUUCUCCUCACGAAGCGGGAGGCGGAGGAGCACGACACGGCGGGUAGCACCGAAGCCGUCCCCGCCGAGGCGGCGGCCGCGAUCGAGGCGGCGCUCGCAGCGGCGAGGACGGAGGAGAGAGCGGAGCCGGUAGCCGGAGGGGGUCUCUGCUGGCUAGCCUGCAGUUCGUGUGAGUAA